AUGCCCCGCGAAGGAUCCGGUCACGUCGCCGACAACGCCAUUGAGACGGGCGAGAACUUGACUCACGGCGCCCCAUCUGGCAAUGAGGUCGGGCUCAGUCCUCGCUUCGAAGGCUCUUCACAUACACUGACCUCGUCCACAGGCUCCCACUUCUUCCGGCGUCGACCGCUCGAGCAAAGCCGCACCAGCACCCGACCACGAAGCAGGCGAAGGCCUCAAGCACGCAGAUGGCAGCAUUACCUCUUCAGGCCAGGGAAGCGAUAAGUCCGGAAGUGGGAAGGGGCCUAUCAAGGCUACGGUAGACGAGCAGGCGGAGAAAUUGACGAAAUAG